UUUCUUGUAGGUCAGUGCCGUUGAUCUGCAAUUUGGAUGGGGGUCUAAAAAAUUAAGAUAUUGUAUUUUUUUGAUAAUAGGUAAAUGUUUUUUGAUACUUUGUUUGAGUUUUACAAUGAGAAUUUAAAAAUUAGUUAUCGGUCGGUCGAUUAUAUUUUUACUAUUUUUUGAAUAAAUUUAUUUUACAAUUUUAUAACAUCUUUUUGUUUUCAAAAAUCAGUAAUUAUUUUUUGUUUCUUUUAUCUUAAUUAUUUUAGUCAAAUUUUAAAAAAUCCAAAGCUUAUGGAGGAAUCAAAUUUGCCCGUUAAACGAGAACGUCAAGAAGAGGAUAAUGGAAAUGAUGAAGUUAGAGAAGAUGCAGAACCUGCUGUAGCUGAUGCAACUAAUUCGUCUCCUACCGCUGUUCUUAAAAAUAAAUUGGACAUGUUAAGGCAAGAAGAAGGUGCUCUCCUUUCGUUGUUGUCACGACUCCGUUCGCAUCAACGGACUUUACAAUUGGAACAAAACAAAUUGAAUGAAAUUUAUGAGAACAAAAUUAAGGAAAGGGAGAACAGUGAAUCGUAG